AUGCGCCUUCUGCUUGUCAUCGUCAGCGUGUUAGCCUGUCUGGCUGUGCUUGGUGCGGCCACCAGCGCGACGGCAGCCGAUGCAGGUGGUGAGCAAGGACCACAGCGCGUAGGACGGCGUCCUCGCAUCGCCAUCAUCGGCGGUGGCAUCGGUGGCGCUGCAGUCGCCUACUACCUCAACAAGCACCACGGCUCGUUUGACGUGCACCUGUUUGAACAGCACUCCGAGCUCGGUGGCCGGCUCAAGCACAUCUCAUGGCCUGGGGUGGAUGGGCCGAUCGAGCUUGGCGGCGACGCAUGGGCAAAUGUCAACCACUACGUGUCAGAGAUUGUGAAGGAGCUCGACAUUCCCGUGGACCUGACACGCCGCAGCAACACCGGCGCCCACACGCAGCAGUCGGCCUCACAACAGCAACCACAGCAGGAGCAACAGCAGGUGCAACAGAGGCGGAAACAGACGCAGCAGACCAGUGCAACAACCCAACACGCUGUUGGCGUGCCGCCGAAGAUGCCCGAGUUGGCAAUCUGGCAGGGUCGCGCACUCUUUGACAUCAUGCACUUCCUGGAGAAGGACGUCAUAUCCGACGCUGUGAUUGCAGAGGACACGGUCGGGUUCCUGGGCAAGUUGAACCUCAACUACCUGGAACGCGGGCAGUUUGAGGACGGCAAGCCGUUCCGCAAUAUCAGCAUGUUCCUGCACCACGGCGGCUUGAGCACGUACACGGGCGUCACCUCGCUGCAGUACUUUGGCCAGCAGCGCGCCAUCUCUGCCACCGCCAAGUCGUUCUAUCUGGAGCCUCUGGUCCGUGUCAUCUACGGGCAGAAUCUCACGGCGCACUCGUUUGCCACGCUCGUGUCGCUGGUGAGCAUGACCAGCGCCCACAGCUGCGCAAAGGGGAACAGCUAUCUUGUGCAGCAGAUGGCACACAACGCAACCAAGAACAUCAACGUCAACGCGCGUGUCACGCGCAUCCACUUCAACGACACGGCCAACACGUUCUCCGUCAAGGCUGCGAAACCAAACCUUGACGACGUGGACGCGGUGGUGGUGGCGCUGCCACUGGAGUUCCUCUCUGCAUCGUGGUCGAACAUCAACAUCACUGCCGACUUCAGACCACGGCCCUUCGUGUCGUGCACGGUGACCAUCGUGGAGGCGGCUGGUCUGCGACCCGCUCGCUUCAACGCGCCGCCAAACGCAACCAUGCCCGAGCAAAUCCUGACAACAGCCAACGCCACCAGUGACGGGUUCACGGCGGUGCAACUGGUGGCCACGACGGCAGCCAACAGGAGCGUGUACAAGCUGACGACGGUCGGUGGUGCUGACAACACAACGCUCGAUAGCAUGUUCGUCGAUCGCUCACGCGUCGUCCAGCACACAUGGCACUACACGUUCCCACGACUCAACCCUUUCUCCGACCCGCUGCCACCGCUGUAUCAGCCAAUUGAGGUGGCGCCAAAUGUGUUCCACGUCAACGCAAUGGAGUCUGUGGCGAGCGCAAUGGAGGGAUCCGUGAUUGCCGCCCGCAACAUCGCGCAGCUGCUCACCCGCAGAUUCAGCACUUACUGGAAUGGCUCAGAUGCAAUACAACCAUACAUUGAUACAGUACACUAA